AUGAUCUUACGAUCUUUUGGAAACGGGAAAAGGUUACCUAGAAUACAUUCUAAUCUACAUUUCUUGUCUACAAAGUCAGUGUCUAACGCAGAAUCGUUUGCAAAAUAUGGAGUAUUGCCGUACUUUCAGUCAAAAUUGAAUCUGUGGUUGAAUCCUGGUUCUCAAGUCAACACACCACCGACAGAAAUACAAUCAUUUAUUUUGCAUAAUUUAUCAUUGAAUAGAAGAAAUGUCAUUGUCAAUCAAUCAAAUAAGCCUGGAAAAUCAUUGGGGUUACUAUUGCAUGCUUUGAAUUUAUCGUUGACUAAACGACCGUGGUAUCUGAUUGAGUCACGUCGAACUCCUGAGAAACUAACCUGGUCUUUAGAUUCAGUAAUACUUGUUCCCACAGAUGAGAUGGUUGAUAAGUAUCACAAAUACUGUGAGAAACUAAUUUCACCAAUGGAGAAUAAUUGUGUGCCAGAUGAGGUUUUCAGGAUUGAAGAGUCAUUACAUAUUUCAAGAGUCCCAUUAACAGUGAAAUUUAUAUCGAGAAAAAAACUACCGGAAAUUACUACUAAUUCCCUGAUUUCAAAGUCAGAUACAGAAAAACGUUCCCAAGUGUUGGUCACUACUUUGUCAGGUUUACUUGAUAGUUUCCAGAAUAAUCCAGAUCAGUUCAAGUUUUUAAGGUUUUUUGCUAUUGAUCAACUAGAUUAUUUCAUGAAAAGUGUUGAUGUAAACGGAUUUCUGGUGGUGAGUCAAAAUGUAAAAGGAAAAUAUAAAAAUAGGUUGCUUGAAGUAAUACAGCAAGUCGAAACUUUGAGAAGAAAUACUCGGGAAGAACGAUUGACUGAAUUUGUUAGGAUGGUGUCUAAGGACAUAAAUGAAACUUUGAGCUCGGAACAAAUAGAUCAGAUUGUAGGGAUUAUUUGUCAACGGAGAGUCGCUAGGUUUCCCAAAAAGUUUGUCUGCAGUGAGCUGAUGAAGGAGGGAUUAGCAGAACGGUUACGCUACGAGUUUCUUGAUAACAUUCAAUAUUGCAUUGUAACGAACCCUCUGCAUCCUCAUGUUACAGCAUUAAAUGAGUUGUUUUUGCAAAAAGAUCUGGCAGAAAACUCCACAAGUGAUAUCGAAAAGAAGCAAAUGUAUAUUGAAAAUCCUGAAACAUUCAAGUUGACAAAUAUCAUUAAUCGCAGAUUUGCCAAAGAAGAUUCGCUAGAUAUAUUCAAGCCAAUUGAAAGAAUUAAUAAAAUUGAACUGUAUUUCCCUGUGUUUCAUGAUGGCCUAGUUGAAGACUAUAAAAACGUGUUUAAUUUACCAAGCCAAGAUCAGGUUCGGAAACUAAUAGAGCAUUUUGUGAAAUCAAAGCCUAGUAUCAGAGAAUAUGCCAAAAAAUAUCAUAGUGAAAAGAAAUUAAACUCAAUUGAACAGUAUACUGAAUUCAUAAAUGUUAUAUCUCUUAGUUUUAAAAAGAAAUUUCCUGGACGGUCACUAACAGUGAUUGUCCCUGCAUACAUCAAUCCAGAAAAUUUGAAAGCAAAGCUCAGUACUGAAAUAAAUGAAACCAUUGUUAAAGUGUUGACUGUUCCUGAGUUUUUAGUAUCGGGGACAAACCUCGGAGGGGAUAAUUUGUUGCUCGCGGGAUUAGAUACGUUGAUGUACCAAACUGCUUUCACAGAAGGGAAUGUUGAUAAGAAAUUGAAUUUAGGUGUGAAAGAACCAUAUGGGGAUUUGUUGCAUGUUCAUAUUUGGAGGAUUUUAUCCUCAGCUUCUGUGUCAAGAAAGAGGCGGGUUAUAUUUGCAUUGGAUGGUAAUGGUGCAAAUUUUGAAGAUCUUUCUAGAACUGGCCAAAUAUUUGCAUUCAAUAAUAUCUCAGCACAAUUGGAAAUAAAAUCGUUUGUUUGA